AUGCCGCGAACGAGGUCUACCAAACCAGCCGCGAGCGAGUCGACGGACACUCCAGCAGCCACUCUUGCCUCCAAAUACACGCUCACUCCCAGAGAUGGCUCGUCACCGGGCAUAUUCAUCUUACCAAAGACUGCAACUCCAGAAGCACGCAUAGUCACAUUGCCCCAUCCGCGAAAUGGCAAACCAUCUCGGUAUCUCAUCUGUCCCAAGACCGGCAUCCACGAAUUCACAAAGAUUUCAGCCCCCCAGUCGGCACCCCGAAGCUGGCUAAUCGAGACCAGAGCCGAUUCGGGCGAUGACGAUACAGACAGCAAGGAAGCAGACCCGCAUGUCGACAUAGUAUCUUCCUCCGACAUGUUUGUCGCAACUACGAUAGAUGCACUCUUCCUGGUUUUACCGUCAUUGGUUGAUGCCACGGUGCAAAAGGGCUCAGAUGAGAAGAAGAGGCUCUUUUUGUCAAGUGACGACCACUUCGACAAACUCCCCGAGGAAAGCUCCCACUUGUCCGAAAUUUUACAAUGGGAAGCGACCAGAGCGCUUAUUGAGUCAAGAAUGGAGAUCAUUUGUGACACGGUAGAGGCCGGUGACGAGAAGAUGUUCCGACUCAGCGAGAAGAAACUCGUUGCUACGAUCCUUGAAAAGGCCAAGAGGAUGAGCGAUGGAGGUCUGCCGGCUACUUUGGAAGAGAAGUUCGUCAAGAGGGCAUUAGAGGCACCGAUUCUGUUACAUCGCAGCACCUUGGCAGCUAAAGUUUCCGAAAAUCAAGCGGCCGCCGAGGUUGCAACAGAAUCCGAGGUUUCUACCCCUGUUACCGAUUCCGCUCAGUCUCAAUCAACGACUGUCACGACCGACUCAAAUUCAUCGUUCGUGUCGCAACCUUCCACUGCGGCAACAUCAUUUGUUGAGGAUGGCCAAGCCGAAGACGCCGCCAUGACUGCCAUCCAAGCAUCUGCGGAAGUCACUGCGCUGCAGAGACUCCGCGUCGCCUUUGAUUUUAUUUGCUCCCGAUAUGUCCCCACCGCUACUGCAGAACAACUAAAGCUCCAUCUGUCCCAACAAGACAUGUGCUCAGUCGACUUCUCACCGCUGGACAAGUACCGAUCUAAAUUGGCCGAGCUGCGUGCUGAAGCCGUUGCCGCAACUUCAACGGCUGACUAUUCGAGGAAGCGAAUGGGGGACGAAGAGGAAGAUGCACUUCGUCAGGAGAAGAAGCGAAAACUGGAAGAGGAGAAGAAGCGUAAAGCUAAUGAGAGCCGUGGCGUUAGAGAGCUCAAGAAGGUCAACACGAGUGGGAUGAUGAAGCUCAGUCAUUUUUUUAAAGCAAAAUAA